AUAUUUUUUAACUAGGCAAGCAAUCUGAUUGAUAGCCAUUUUGAAGAGCCUUUUGUUGGUGUUUUGUGGAUGUUUUCAUGUAAAUUUUGAACUAAUUCAGAGAUAUUAAAGUAAUUAAAAUACCAAAAAAUGAUUUGUUAAAUUAAAUUUAUAUAGUUGUAUAGUUUAUGUUAUUGUGUUGUUUGUUUAAAGAAGUCGCAUUGUGAAAAAAAAACCGGAAAGAAGUAUACUGUGUUUCAGUGUUCAUAUUUUUGUUUUUAUUAUAUCAAAGUUAUCAUAAUAAUUAACAUUUCAAUUGAUCGACUUAACAGAAAGGUGUAGUGUAGUUUAGAAUACGUUAACUUCAUUUACGUCGCGUGUUUGUACGUAAAAUUUAGAUCGACACAAGAUGGCCGCCAUUGAAUGCCCGCUCCGCCAAAACCCGCUUGAAAGGUGCGAUGUGUCAUCCGUUGUGGAGCGCCUCGUGAGUAUGCUGUGAAGCCGGCGUCUCGCACUGCGGCCGUUUUUCAGGUCGCAUCCGGCGGGGUUCCAUUUCGUAAAAUGGAAUUUCGCCCGAGGCGCCAAAAUAUGAGGGGUGUUGACACUACUCUGACACCGUACCGUUACUCUGACGGCUGUACAAAAUAAUCGUAGACGAAGAUGAACGAGCCAGAAGACGUCAGCAAAGAAGUGUGGAAGCGAUGGAUAUUAGAAGCGAUACACAAGAUAAGGGCGCAGAAGCAGAGGCCGAGCGUGGAGCGUAUCUGUCAUGCAAUUCGCCAGCAUCAUAACUAUCACGAAGAUGUGGUUUCGGAGCGGCUGGAGCGGGCGGUGCGCGAGGGUGCCGUGUUGAAAGUGUACAAUAAGGGACAAAGUUCGUACAAGGACCCAGGGGGUUUACAGAACAAGAAAUUGCGUAUCGCGCCAGAUAGUGACGUUUCGCGAGCCGUAGCCAAGGCAGUGCGCGAGUUAGGGGAGCGUGACGGCUCUACGUUGAGGAGCAUUGAGAGAUAUUUAAGACAAGCAUACCAAGUGACUGUUGCGCCCGAAGUUGAUAUUAGGACAGUGUUACGGGCAGCAGCUAAGCGUGCUGUUUCUAGAGGACUGUUAACACAUACGGAUUUAACAUACAAGGCAACGGAGAGGCCCUUGACAGCUUCUACAGAGCGCCCUGUGAAGAAAGAGAAAUCUAAACAUCAAGAAUCAGUGGAGAAGCAGAAUCAAGAAGGCGUUCAGGUCUGCACCGAGUGUCUUGGUACGGAAGACCGCAACAGUUCGAGUGUCCCCGAAGCAUUGAUCUGUUGCUAUCUGUGCAAGUCAUACGCGCAUCCUUCGUGUAUAGAACUCUCUGAUCUAAGUGAGAGUGUAUUGAAGUCGGUGCGGUGGUGGUGCGGCGCGUGCGCGUCGUGCGGGCGCUGCGGCGCGCGCGCGCGCUGGGGCUGGCGCUGCGCGCGCUGCCGCCGGGCCGCGCACGCGCACUGCGCGCCGCCGCCCCACGGCUGCCGCUGCGGCCGCGCCGGGGGGGACGCCGACGGGAAACGGUCCGCGAUGGGAGGCACGGCGAAGCCCCGCGCGCCGCGCACGCCGCGCCGCGCGCCCGCCGCGCGCCCCGACGGUAAUGACGGCUGCGCGCCACACUCGCCAGAGCAACGAAUGUCCAAAGAGAAACAAAAGUUUUUCAGAUUCUCCGCCUUCAACCUCGUCAAGCGGCGCUGCCGGGACUCCGACAGCGACUGGGACGGCUGGGACUCCCGGCUGCGCGUGACGCGCGUGCAGCGGCUCGAGCUGCGCCUGGAGCGCCGCCCCGACACGCCCUCCGACUCCACCGACUCCGACUCGGACCCCCAGCCGGACAACCAGCCGCCGAGACUGUUCCCGGCGGCGCCCGUAGUGCCUUCCCAUGUGUCUUCGGUGUUUGAAAGACUAGCCGCCGAUACGGGGCCCGACGGGACGUGGGGGUUUGCCGCCGAAGCGCAGAAGCAGCGGUGCAUACGAUCGCCCGUACACGAAGUUCCCGAGAAACAUGUCAAACCGCAAGACACUCCGCCCGAGAGGCACCGGGUCGCUCGCAGACGAAGUAAAUGCGGGGAGAGGCUGCUGACGACUCUGUUCGACGGGCUCUCGGAGUUUUACUCCGUGCGGACCGCGUCCCGGUCGCAGUCCCGACACAGGGCGAGGAUAGAGCCAGAGGAGGACCGACAAGUAUUAAAAGAAACUAGGAGUACGUUUAAAAGGUAUCAGGCGGCUCUGCGAAGGGAUAGAAGUCCUAGUCGGGCGCGGAGUCAAUCGAGGUUCAGAAACGACGAGUAUGAUGAGACUGAGUAUGAGCGCGGUCAAUCGAGAGUCAGGGAUUUGGAUUACAGACGGCAGUCUCGAGCGAGAGACAGCGACACUGACUACAAACCGGAAUACAAGAGGAGUCGAUCUAGGAUCAGCCAGCCUCGCGAGCGGAGCCGAGCACGAUCGAUCAAAGAAUACGUACCUCGGAGUAGAUCGCGCGCGAGAGAGAAAGAAUCACCUCCGAAACGAUCACGAGCGAGGGAGAUAGUGUCGCCUCCGAGACGAUCUCGAGCGAGGGAGAUAGCGUCACUUCCGAAACUGUCACGAGCGAGGCAGAUAGAAUCGCCUCCGAGUCGAUUGCGCGAGCGGAGUAGAUCGCGCGCGGUGUCGCGGCCUCGCGUUUCGUUGAAAGAGGAGGAAAUUAGCAUAGAGCGCGCGCCGGAAGUGAAAGAGGAAUACUUAGACGAGAAAGAGAAAGAGAUAUCGUGGUCGAUGUCGGCGCUAGUGCGGUGGUGUGCGCGCGGCAAGCAGUACGAGCUCGCGGCGCCCCACAAGUUGUACCGGGGGCUGUGCCGCGCGGCCGACACUCAGGACAACAAACGCCUUCCCGCCGGGGUAACUCAAUCCGACGCGGAAUUAUUCAAUGCCGCGCGCAACGCCGCGGGAGAGAACGACUUCGUAGUCGAUCCCGUAGCCGCUACGCCGUCCGCUACGGCCGCUGCGACGUGCGCUACGCCGGCCGCGGCGGGCGCUACGCCGGCUACGAGCGCUACGAGCGCUACGCCGGCGGUGCUGGCGCCGGCGCCGAGGUGCCCGUCGGCGAUAGAGUUCGGCCAGUGGGAGAUUGAGACGUGGUACUCGAGUCCGUUCCCGCAGGAGUAUGCGAGGCUACCGAAGCUAUUCCUAUGCGAGUUUUGUCUGAAAUACGCCAAGAGCCGCGCGGUACUCCUCCGACACCUGGACAAAUGUCUGUGGCGACAUCCUCCCGCCACAGAAAUAUACAGAUGCGGAGACAUAUCAGUAUUUGAAGUCGACGGGAAUGCUAACAAAAUAUACUGUCAGAACCUAUGCCUCCUAGCUAAACUAUUCCUCGACCAUAAAACCUUAUAUUACGACGUUGAACCGUUCUUGUUCUACGUUUUAACAAAGAAUGACAGCAAAGGAUGCCAUUUGGUCGGAUAUUUUUCGAAAGAGAAACAUUGCCAGCAGAAAUAUAACGUGUCGUGUAUAAUGACGAUGCCGCAGUACCAGAGGCAGGGUUUCGGGAGGUUUCUCAUCCAUUUUAGUUAUUUAUUAUCAAAGGAAGAGGGACAACCUGGCACUCCAGAAAAGCCUUUGUCGGACCUUGGCAGAGUCUCGUACCACGCUUAUUGGAAAUCUGUGAUCCUAGAGUUCCUCUAUGACUAUAAAGACAAACCCUUUACCUUUGAAGACAUCGCACACAGUUCAGGAAUGCAUAUGAACGACAUAGCUGUCACAUUUCAACUGCUAGGCUUCGUGAGAUACAUACCAAACAAUGACACAAUGAAAUUAGGGCUCUGUGUCGACUGGAAUAAAGUUGAAAAUCACAUGAAGAAGCUAAAGAGCAAACCUCGCUUAGAAAUUGAUCCUGAAUGCCUAAGGUGGACGCCACUAUUGGCGCCAACAGUAAAUCCUUUCAGAUCUCCUGAAGAAGCGUCAGGCGAUCAGGAGACAGAGAACGAAACUGAAGCGAAAACAGAAAGCGACGGAACGACUACAGAGUCGGAAAUACCUGAUGCUAAAGCAGAUACUAAAGUCAAAAAUGAAGUUAGUAAUGAAGAAAAAGAAGAAGCGGUUGAAGUGACGUCUUCGGGUAGAAGACGCACAAGGCCGCUGAAGUAUAGUGAAACUACUUAUCAGACGACGCCCACUAUUGAAGGUGGGCGGAAGAGGAAACGAGAUCUUAAUAGGAAGAUUUCAGAAUCUAAUGCUGAGGAAGACAAGAAAGAGGAUGAAACGCCAAGGCAGAGAAGUAAAAGCGUAUCGAGACGGUCUUCUAAAGCUCAGAACGAGGUCACAGAAGAUAAGAAACAUGUCAAUAGGCAAAGAAAUAGGCGACAAAGUGUCAAAGAGCCUAACUAUGCGUCUGAUAGCCAGGACAGCCAAGUGGACAAUGUGGACGCGACGGUAUUAUCAACGCCUGUCGCAAACACCAAUAAAGGGAAGCCCAAGAGGAAAAUGGUUUAUAAAGGUCGCCCUAGAAAGCGACCAAGAGGUAACAAGAGCCUCAGAACAAGUUCACCUGAAGCAAAGAAAGUCAAAGUGGACGAAAAAGAAGAAACAAAUGAUUACAAAACUGACGAUUCUAUGGAAGAUCCAGACAAAACACUUGUGCCUCCUGUGGAAGACAAAGUAUCACCAAAGGCUCAGACUAGCGAGCAAACAGAUGAAAAGGCUAAAAACUCUGAUGACAGUUCCGAAGAUUCUUCAGGCGAAGCUGAUGAUGAAAUGGACAUUGAGGAUAGAGAGAAUAAAGAUACUGCUGCUAUUAAACCGGCUACUCCUAGACAUGUGGAAGAAAAUAGCACAGACCAUCAUACUAGCGAUAUGGAAUUAGAUAGUAUACACAUGGACUCGCCAAAGUCGGUAGCAGAGAAAGAAAAAGAUAUGGAUGAAACAUCUAAUGAUAAAGCUGAGAAAGAUGAUACUACUGUUAAUAAUUCAUGUGAAGAACCAUCUGAAAAUAAAGUACAGGACACACUAAAGGAAAACGCUGAAGUAAAUAAAUCAUCUGAUAAUAGAAAUGGUGAAAAUAAAUCUCCAAUGAAAUCGGUUCUUGAUGAUAAAGAUACCAUUGUUAUAUCAGAAUCUGAUGAUAAUAACAGUCAAAGUUGUCCUCUACCAUCACCGAAACAUAACUCAAUAGUACCUGUGGUUCAGAAUAAUGAAAAUAAACCAAAAGAAAUUGAGGAAAACGAGAGUCCAUCUAAAGUUAUCCCAGUUGUGUCUACAGAGAAUGCGCACAUUGUUUUAGAUCCCAAAGUACAAGAGGACGUGAACUGCGCAAGGCCAGCGGAAAAUAAUAAUCUGCCUAAAAUUCAACCGAUAGAGACGAUAGUUGUCGAAGGCGAGUCUGACACCUCGAUUUCUUCAGCUGGAAUUUCUCCAAAGAAGAAUGAUAGAUCAGUUAUAAGUGAAUCUCCUAAACAGAAAAGAUCUCCGGAAAAGUUCAACCAUGAUAUGUGUGAACAGAAAAAGAGCGAAAUGAGAAAAGAAACUGUCAUACAACACCAGACAGUCGACGAAAGUAAAACUAACGAUAAGAGAUCGCCUAACAAAAUUGACUCAAUAAUUCAAAGCUUGGAUCCUCAAAGAGAUAUAGCGUCGAGUAUAAAAAGGCCUGAUCCUCCAAAACUAGAUUCUUUUGUGGAAAUGGACAAUAGAAAUAAGAUUCAAUAUCCUAUCGUCAGUAAAGAGAGUGAAAUUCCGUUUCGGAAUGACGUGAUGAACACUCGGAAAGAUGAAAUAGUUAUCACUAGAAAUAUCAUAGAACAUAGUCUACCCAAUUAUCAGAACCAACCUGUGGUGAAUUCUAUGACGAUACAGCAGAUAAACACAGCUCAACAUUCGUAUUUGAACCACAGGGCGAAUAUAACGAAAGAAUCUCAAGCGGUGCAAACCGAAAAAGUAGUGAAGACUAGUGAACAUAGAGUUAUAAACAACAUGGAUACGCCAGUUAUAAGUAAAUCAACUACGAAACUGGAAGUGCCUCAUCCAAUCUCUUCUCCCGUUAUUAAUCCUGUAAUACCUAAAAUUCCGAAUGUCGCUGAUAAUUUUUUACCGCGAUGUCAAAGCGCUCACGCGGCCAUCAAUAUUGGUCUCGAUAGGACAGAUUUAGACCCAAAUUAUACAAAUAAUUUGCAAAAUUCAAUGACAAUGAAUAUGGUGCAAAGUUCGCAAGAUAAGAACGACAUGAACCAGAAACCUAGAGAGAAAAGUAAAUUACGGGAUGUGAGAGUGAAUUCCGCUCACAGUAAAAUGGAGAAGACUGAGAAGAAGAGUAAUAAGGACACGCCAAGGAGUACGCCUGAGCCCAAGAUGUUUUUUCCUGAACAGAACGCUAACACCAGAAAGCCCGAGACGUCCGUCCCUAUAAACGUCAUCAACACGACUGUAGUCACUAGCAAGGUCGAUACUAAAACUACGAAUGAAGCUCCGAAGAAACAAGAUUUCUACAAGAAAGAAAAAUCUAACGCCAAUAAGUGUGAAUCUAAAAACGUUUCGGUGAAACAUGACAAGACUUGCGCGUCACAGUUGAAUCUAAAAGCGGCGGCCGACCAUCAAAAUGAUCUGAACAAAAUGCUGCCAAAGCUCAAAUAUGACAACGAAUUGGUACCUAAAGCUGAUUAUCCUAUGAAUCAGAUCCCUAAUUAUCACACUACACAUCCGCAGUAUCAGUGGGCUCCAUGGGGCGACCCCACGAGGUUGCAGGGCAGCUGGGAUCACAACAGAUUAUUCGACAAUAUGAAAAACGAUAAGAACUAUUUAGAUAAAUUCCAAGGUUUCAAUCUGCCCCAUUUGGAACAAAUGCAAAAGACGCCACAAAAGUUGCACCCGAAAUACGACCAGAAGGAUUUUAUUGCGUACGGGGCGCUCUCCAGCGGGAUUUACGCGACCGCGGGCCUCACUCACUACAAGGAAGCCAAAGGGCCGGCGGUGAAAACGUCGGAAUGUUCACAAAAGACCGAGUGCAAGCCGUCCAAGCAGUCGAAAACGACGACCGCGUGCCAAACUCAGUGCGAGCCGAAGAAGGCCGACGCCCAGAUGAAGCAGAUGAUGCAACGGCAAGUCAAACAACAACAGGAAGUGGCCACGAGCUGCGCCGAAUACCGCCAACAGAGCCCGCAAAUAUUGACCUCGCCGGGUUGCAAAACUCCUUUCAAUCAGAACGGGCCGUGUGAGAAGGAUAUCGAGAAGAAGUCUAGGCAGAAAAAGGAGGAAUCGCCCAAAGAUGGUAGCAAAGAGGAGAUGUGCGAAGCCGUCAGCCCCGCUCUGCAGUCCAUGGGGGUGUACACCCCGGACUCGACGAGUAACUCGGUGCACUCGGUGCAGUACCCGGCGUGCGAGCUGGACGUGAGCCAGCUGGGCCUGGAGUCGCCGUCCAGCAUCGGCUCGGACCUGGCGUCGCCGUGCGGCAUGAUGCACAUGCACGCGGCGCCCAGCCCGCAGUACCCGCACUCGUCGCUGCACAUCCCCAGCAUCAUGACGCAGCCGGCGCAGCCCAAGCAGCAGAAGAUCAAUAAUAGGAACAGGAGCACGCCGAGCAACGCUAGCAACGCGUCCGACAACAAGAACAACAACAUGCGCGGCGCCGCCACCCCGCCCGCCAGGCAUCGGGCGACCCCUCCACAGCAUAACCACGGCGGCGUGGGCGUGGGCGUGGGCGGGUCCGCGCAGGGCUACGGCGGCGGCUACCUGUCGUUCCAGCAGCAGCAGCAGUACUCGGGCUGGGCCGCGCCCAGCUGCUCGCUCGCCAAGCUGCAGCAGAUGGCGGACGGCGGCCAGCACCACACUCCGCCGCACCAGGUAUGUGCUACCUGUCGUUCCAGCAGCAGCAGCAGUACUCGGGCUGGGCCGCGCCCAGCUGCUCGCUCGCCAAGCUGCAGCAGAUGGCGGACGGCGGCCAGCACCACACUCCGCCGCACCAGGUAUGUGCUACCUGUCGUUCCAGCAGCAGCAGCAGUACUCGGGCUGGGCCGCGCCCAGCUGCUCGCUCGCCAAGCUGCAGCAGAUGGCGGACGGCGGCCAGCACCACACUCCGCCGCACCAGGUAUGUGCUACCUGUCGUUCCAGCAGCAGCAGCAGUACUCGGGCUGGGCCGCGCCCAGCUGCUCGCUCGCCAAGCUGCAGCAGAUGGCGGACGGCGGCCAGCACCACACUCCGCCGCACCAGUACGGGCAGCAGGCGGGCACGCCGCCGGCGGGCGCGCACUACCACGGCAAGUACUACGCGCCGCACAACCAGCUCGACUCGCCCAGGAACGCCAGGAAUGCCACCAGCAACUUAAGCCCAAUGCAGCACAUGCAAAUGGGCACAGUCGCUGCCGGGUCCCGGAUGUCUCCCAACCUCAACACGCACAUCAUUAGCCAGUACGGGCUCAACGGGUACCGGAUGUCGGCCCAGCAGCAGUUCAACAACCUCCCCGUGCAAAUGAUGAACGUACAACCCGGAGUCGGGGUCCAGUAUCCCACUGCUGACCCCAGAGCCCAACAACCGAACGUCUACUACGGAUACAUCAAUCCUCCACCACUAGCGAUGCAGACUUUAGAUUCUUCUGUGCGUCGGUAGCCCACAGUUCGACCGAGGAAUCAAUGUGCAGUGCAAAAGGAUAGGUGAGACGCGAUAAGUGUGUGUUAGGACUUGUACGGUUAGAUCUGAUGGUGAUAAGUUGCGAUUUAAGUGGUCUCUGUGGCUGUGUCUUCGUUUAUAAAGUAUUAUACAGAUAUUUUAAUAUAUUUUAUACGAUUUUAUUCUAGAACAAGUCAUUUGGUACUUUAGACUCCAGAUGAUUCUGACAUACAUACAUACAUAAAAUCACGCCUCUUUCCCGGAGGGGUAGGCAGAGACUACCUCUUUCCACUUGCCACGAUCUCUGCAUAUUUCCUUCGCUUCAUCCACAUUCAUAACUCUCUUCAUGCAAGCUCGGCGGUUUCGGGUACUUUUGACCUGACCCUUUAACAGGACGUCCUUAAUUUGAUCAAGAUACGUUUGUCUAGGUUCCCACUCCGACCUUUCCCUCCACACCCUCCAUGUAUAUCUGCUUAGUCAACCUGUUUUCAUUCAUCCUCUCCACAUGACCGAACCAUCUCAACAUACCCUUUUCUAUUCCUGUAACUACAUCUUCUUUCACAUCACAUACAUACAUACAUAAAAUCACGCCUCUUUCCCGGAGGGGUAGGCAGAGACUAUGUUGUUGUUGUUUCAAAUCACAACAUUCCCUUAUCACGCUGUUCCUUAUCCGGUCACUCAAUUUGACACCCAACAUACUCCUUAACGCUCUCAUUUCCACUGCAUUUAUUCUGCUUUCGUGCUUCUUUUGCCAUACCCAACUUUCACUCCCAUACAUUAAUGUCGGGACCAACACGCCCCUGUGCACAGCCAGUCGAGUCUUUUUGGAUAGUUUCUGACUGCUCAUAAAGGCAUGCAAAGCUCCAUUCACCAUGUUCCCCGCGUCCUUUCAAUAUCACUAUCACACUUGCCAUCUGAUGUAAACUUUGAUCCAAGACAUACAAACUCUUUCACUUGCUCAACUUUUUCUCCUCCAAUCAAAAUAUUACAUGCUGUCAUUUCUUUCUCCAUUUCAAAAACCAGUGUUUUAGUUUUACUUACGUUCACUUUCAUUCCUUUCUCUUUUAAAGCUUAAUGCAUACAGUGUACCAUCUCCAUUCUGACCUUGGUUGGUAAUCACUGUUAAUAUUCUCUCUUAUCAGUUGGUCUUUUUAUUAUUAAGUGUGUAUAACGGGUGCCCACAAUACACGUUUUUUAUUUGACAUUACAUUUAAUGCAACAUAUUUGGUAGAUUCACAUAUGAAAAUGGCCAUUAGGACUUCUUGAAUUGCGACAAAUCACACAAAUUAGGAUUGAAAGUAAUGUGUAUAUUAAAGUGAAACUAUAUUCUGUAUAUUUGUGCAAAAAGUGAUAGAACGCUAAAGUGCGCGUGUGUACGCUCAGGUGAUUAUUUAGACAUGUCAUAUAAUACUCACCUGUCAUUCCACUGAAACAAAGAAAGUGAACAGCAUAGCGAGACUGAUGGACUUGUGAUGUGCAGCUUUGAAUCUGUAACCGACGAAAACCUGACCAAAAAAUACCGCCCCGGCCGGAAUGUAUAGUAUAUAAGGCAUAGUACAAAUAACGUAAUGCUUCGUAAAUUAGUUGUGUAAUGUAUAUAUUGACCGUAACACCACUUGGGUUGCCUUACCUGUCGCGUGACUCGUUUUCCCUUUUUAACUGGCAGCUGUUUGGUGUGCGCUGUUGAUGUGCGAAAUGACAGAAACGCAAAAGGGCAAAAUGUUUUUGGUUAUCUACAAUAAAAUUCGGAUAUUGCGUCUCUCACGAGAUACCUAAUACGUUGAUGUACUAAUGAUGAUUUUUUUAUGGAAGAAUCUUAUUUUGACAAGUGAUGACGUAAAAUCCGUAUUUUGCUGUACAUAUUAACGUUUCGCUAGCUAGCUGUUAACAUUUUAUUUCCUGCCCAUCUGUGAUGUGACAUUUGUAUUAUGUAUUGUAAUUUUAACAUUUAGUGGCAAGCGGUAGUAAAAAGUGUGACUUGGCAUUAUGCGUGAAAUUUGCCCGAGUAUGCCGUUUUGCGACACAUGACAUUUCGCGUAUCGUCUUUACCCAAAUCGAUUGGAACAAUGCGCCAUGCCGUGUCGAAGCUGAAUAAAGUACAAAAUUGCAGAUAGUAUGUAUUGAAAUCUGUUUAUAAUAUAAAAACGACAAUUAGCAUAAUUAUAUAGUGCAAUAAUGUAUGUACUCGCUAGAAAUGCAGGUCCGGUUUGGGUGUUGUCGUAAUCUGACCACUGGCAUGAUGAGUUUUAUGAUGAUCUCACUUUUUUAAUAAUGGAAAGGUGAUGAAAACAUAUUAAAAAUGGAAGCAAUUUGUGGCAUAAUAUUUAAUGUUCAUCAAUCAUGAUUUUUUUACCUAAUUGAUCAGUUUUUGCACAUUGUAAACAAAUAAUAAUUAUGUUUGUAGUAAUUGUAUAAAGUUAAUAAAUUUAUAUUAUUACUCAGCAAUUAUUUUUUAAAUAGAAAAUGAUCUUUAAACUCAUCAUGUGGCUAUUGCAGCGGUACGUGGCGACGUUUACUCGCAAAAUGCCUAAUAUAUGACAAAUCAAAGCCAAGAGUGAUAUUAAUUGUAAUAAUGUCUGCUUAAUAUUGGUAUAUCUACUUAAACUUUACAUGAAACCAUGAAUAAACAACGAAUGCCGCCCCACUUGCUUAUCGAAGAAUAAUUUAUUUGUUUUUUUAUGAAUGUUGAGAUGUUUAAAACAAUUAGUAAUUUUGCGAGUGCGUACGUUACGCGCGCCCAUAACCUUAUCAAAUUGAUAUAAUUGAUUCCCAAAGAUGUAAUGUUAAGUCUUUGGUUGUUGAAAAUAAGUGCAAUGUUUUGAUCCGUUUUGUAUAAAUUCCGCCGGACUUAUUGUUUGUAUAUCCUGUUUAAAAUUUGAAUAUUUUGUGUGCGCACGUGAUUGUAAAACACAGCUUGUACUUGUACAGUCGUAUGUAAUUAUAAUUUACAAUAAGAACCCAGUUUGUGUCUUUUUGAAUAUUUCUUCGAAGUGCCUAUUUCUCGUCCCAUCCUUUUUUGUGUAAGAUAUUGUAAAUGUACCGCUUCUCAUUAACACAAGGCUGUAUAGAUUUAGAGAUCUUAGGCUGGGAUUUUUAGCCCAUUUUGUGUUAAAAGACGUAUGAAUAAGGUAAGGAGUAACAAUAAUUUUAUAGCUACUUUUUUGCUAUCUAUAUACUGAAUUGAAAUUACCAUCGGUACAUUGAUCGAUGGAUCAAAUGUAUUUUGAAUGAAUUGUAUAGAUUAUACAAUUGUUUCAAUGAUUCAGCAACUCCCUGAUCUUUCUGAUCCGCGUUAUCGGGACCAAGUCAAUUCCUCGCAAUAAUCUUUUUCCGGCUGAUUCAUUGAAGUUAUAAAAAGAUAUACAUUAAGAGUUUAUUGAACCAUUCCAUAUUGUGUGGCAAUAGUGAAUUUUACAAAUAAAACGAUUUUCUCCAGCAGUACUCGAUUUUACUGGUUCGUGCGUCUUAUAACAUAUAUUUCGGUUGAAAAUUCACAUUUGUAGCAUAUGUAUAUCUUUUAUGAAGUAGCGAGGCGACUGCAGGCAGACAUAACGUGGGAUUUUUUUUUAUAUUUUGUAUUCUUUUACAUGUGUAGAGUUUAAUUAUAUUACUGUAACUCCUGUUAUAUCUCGCUUAAGGAUUAUUUCGUGUUAUCCCAGUAAUUUAUUGCCAAAUGUUAUUAACACUGAUUUUUGAUUAAGAUUUAAGUAUUUUAGUUAUAAUUUAAGUUGGCCCAUGCGGGCAUUCACAAUCGGUAAAUUAUUUUGUAAGUCGCUCCUCUGAGGUUAUGAAUGUUAUUUGUUACUAAUGUGUAGUAUAUAAAAUAUUGUAAAUACAAUAACAGUAAGACAUGUAGCAGGUGUUAUCACACAAAAUAUAAUUUUGUGAAAA